AUGAGGAUCGUCGAGAGUGAAGCGAUGGGGGGAGCUCUGGUUUCGGGGAAGUGGAGCAGGGGAUCUACGUUGAGGGUUUUGGCUGCUGUAGGUUUCGUUGUAGUGAUGCUGCGGAUGCCGGUGGCUGUGGCGCAUGUCACGGGGCAGCAGGCUCUAGUGUAUACAGAGCAGAUGGCUACCAUGUCCAUGAAUCUCUGGAAAGUUACGGGCCCUGGUAAGGACAGAUUUCAGUAUGAGCUUGGGACAAUUCUGCGCGGGAUUGAGCUUGUGCAUGAAGCGACCCAGAAAGAAAACUAUCUUGAUUACAUCAAAUAUAAGGUCGACCGCUUUGUGUACGAUGAUGGGACUAUCACCAGCUAUGUCUUGGACGAGUUUCAGCUGGACAGCAUUCUCACGGGGAGGCUUCUUCUCACUCUUUUCAAAGCCACUGGAGCGAAUAAAUACAAGACUGCAGCGGAUCUUCUCCGCGAGCAGCUACGGAAGCAGCCGCGCACACACGAGGGUGGCUUCUGGCACAAGAAUGUGUAUCCCUACCAAAUAUGGCUGGACGGGCUGUACAUGGCGGAGCCAUUUUAUGCUCAGUAUGCAAUGGAAUUUAAGGAGGAUGAUGAUUUUGAUGACAUUGCCGCGCAGUUCAUCAUCACGGAGAAACGGAUGCGAGAUUCAAAGACGGGUUUGCUGUAUCAUGGAUACGACGAGUCUAGGGUUGAAACGUGGUCGGACCCCGUGACGGGCUGCUCCCCGAGCAUCUGGGGUCGUGGAGUGGGAUGGUUCACAAUGGCUCUUGUCGACACCCUGGACUAUUUCCCUGAUCACCAUCCGAAACGACCUGAACUGUUAGCAAUUCUUAUUCGUAUUGCCGUUGCUGUGAAAAGCGUCCAGGAUCCGCAAUCCGGGUUAUGGUGGGAGGUGAUGGACAAGGGGGGUGAUGCUGGAAAUUACCUUGAGUCGUCGGCCUCUGCCAUGUUUGUGUACUCCCUCGCAAAAGGCGUUCGGCUGGGAUACUUGACCAAAGGUCAAUUCCAUGAAAGCGUUUUGUCAGGGUACGAUGGAAUCGUCUCACAUUUUGUUCAAGUCGCUUCAGACGGAGGAGUGAGUUACACGGGCACUGUUUCCGUGGGAGGUUUGGGCGGAAACCCUUACCGCAAUGGAAGCUAUGCCUACUACCUCAGUGAAGAAGUCGUGUCGAACGAUCCCAAGGGCGUUGGCUCGUUCUUGAUGGCUAGUGUGGAGAAUUUGAGGGUGUCCUUAUCCGAUUGA